ACGUAGUACGCAAGUGCGCUGCCGCUGUUAUGUGUUAUGUAGCUCUACGUGGAAAGAGGCGGAUCAUGGACUAGCAUCUGUCAUUAGCAGGAAAACUGUAUAUUUAUAUAAAUUUAAUCGGUUUGUUUUGAGCACGAAAAGAUAAAACGAUGUUUAAAAGUUGGGGGACGUGGCUCGGAAUCGAGUCCACACCCGGACACACAGCAGACGGACUCCGGGGUGAGGAGGAACCAUGCGGAAGUGAGCAGGUCGCGGAGAGCAGUGAAGUAAACAAGCAGGAGGACAUGGGAGACGAGCAACCGAUUCUCCAGCAAGCCAAAGGCCUGAGCGGAUACAUUCUGAACUUCGCAAGCAGUGCGACCAAGAAGAUCACGGAGUCGGUGGCGGAAACGGCGAGCACCAUCAAAAAGUCGGUGGAGGGAGGAAACAUCGACGGCAUCAUCGAUAAGACUAUUCUGGGAGAUUUCCAGAAAGAGCAGGAAAAGUUUGUUCAGGAGAAGAACGCCAAGAAAACAGAUACAGCUGUGCCUCCCUGGGUGGGUUACAGUGAAGAGGAGACCAUCCAGCAGCAGAUCUUGGCUUUGUCAGCUGACAAAAGGAACUUCCUUCGAGACCCUCCGGCAGGCGUGCAGUUCCACUUCGACGUGGAGCAGAUGUAUCCCGUGGCUCUGGUCAUGCUGCAGGAAGACGAGCUGCUCAACAGGAUGCGCUUCGACUUGGUUCCUAAACACGUGAAAGAGGAGGUGUUCUGGAGGAACUAUUUCUACCGGGUGUCUCUGAUCAGACAGUCGGCUCAGCUCACGGCGCUGGCGGCCCAGCAGCAGGCUGCGGAAAGGAGAGACGACGACAAGAACGGAGCCGAUCCAGAGAGCGAAAACACUACAGAAUCCAGAAGACCAAAAACACCUCCUACAACCAUCAACACCAAGCCCAAGUCCAAUCAGCAUCAUGAGGAGGAGGAGAUCUCGACCAGCCCCGGCGUAUCCGAGUUCGUAAGCGACGCGUUUGACUCGUGCAACAUCAACCAGGAGGACUUGAGGAAAGAGAUGGAGCAGUUGGUUCUGGAUAAGAAAAAUGAAGAAGGUGAGCUAGAAGAUGCUUCGGAUUGGGAGCGGGAGCUGCAGCAGGAGUUGCAGGAAUACGAGGUGGUAGCCGAAACGGAUAACAAAGACGAAAACUGGGACCGCGAGAUCGAAGAAAUGUUGCAGGCUGACUAGCAAAUAUACGAGCCCCUCGCUUUCAGUGCAGAAUCAUCACUACACCGAAGAAAAAUCAAAGGGGGGGGGGGGAUAAAUAAAUAAAUAAAAACAGUGGACCAAGCAAGCUACUACGAAAACAGGCUUCAACAUCACACUUCUACUCUGUACGGCAUUUCUCGAUGUUUUCGAAGGCGGAGAUUUGUGUUAAGAACGCAUUUCAAAGGGGAAAAGUAGUUUCAUAUUGGGACGUAAUCUAUUUCUGUGAAGUAGCAGACUUGCAGCGAAUAACUGCACUGCAUCUACAGUAACCGUCUCUCUUCUCGCUGGUAGAUGAAUGAAACAAUUAGAGUUAGAUUUUUUAUAUAUAUAUAUAUAUAUAUAUAUAUACGACGUAUGGGUGUGUGAGUAAUCUAUUCUUUAUUGUCUAUCCGAACUUCUCAAAUCAGAAUAAGAAAGACGUGCCUCUGCAUGCCUUUCUAACCUUCACACAGAUCUUCUGUAGAUCAUAAAAGCAGACGAGCGUCAGGGUGUUCGGUUUCAUCCGAACUUCUCAAAACUUUUUUUCCUCCUCAGUACGUCAUCUCUCAGAUGCUCAGAAAUAAAAUUGUACGUUCAUUAAAUGUAUUUUGUCUCAAAA